AAGCAGGGGUAAGGAGGGUACAAUGGCCAUCUGUUUACUCAGAUAAAUUGACUGUUAUCACUAAAGCCUCAGCCAACCUUCAUCAUUUUGAGUAGGGGAGACUUUGGGGAAGUUGAAUCUCCAAGCAUAUGAAGUGAACGCAACAAAUAUUAUCACGAGACAAGUGACCUUCCUUCUUCAGGCAGGGAAUAAGGCUCUAUUGUAUCAGGUUCCUAGAUCAGAUAAAAGGGUGUGCUUGGAUGGCGGGCACACGCCUAUAAUGCCAGCACUUUGGGAGGCUGAGGCGGGCAGAUCACUUGAGGUCAGGAGUUCGAGACCAGCCUGGCCAACAUGGUAAAACCCCGUCUACUACUACAAAAAUUAGCCAGGCACAGUGGCACGUGCCUGUAAUCCCAACUACUUGGGAGGCUGAGGCAGGAGAAUCGCUUCAACCCAGGAGGUAGAGGUCAUAGUGAGUUUAGAUCUUGGAAAUAAGUUAACGAUGAGGAAAGGUAGAAUAUGGGGGCAGACACAGGGUGGUUAAUACAAGUGGGGAAGCCUUCAAGAGGGCAGAAGGGAAGUUCUAGGCAUGGACUGGAGGGAGAGAGUCCUCCAGCUGUACACGUUGACUUCUUGCUGUAGGAACCGUAUCCUGACACAGACGCGAUGCGGUGUUCCAUUAGGAAAUGCUUCAUACAGUCAGUGGGCAUCGUAUUCCUGUGGCUCUUCAUCACUUUGAAAAUCCCCAAGGAAACUGAAGAUGACCAAAAUGAGGCCAGUUAUAACAGCAGGAAGGACCCAAGACCACUCGAAGACUGGCAGAACCUCACCUUCAAAUAUAUGGAAAAAAUCCAGAAGAGAAGAAAGACAUGGCUGACAGUGGGGAUAUCGUCAGUGCAGCAAGGGGACAGAAGCAGCCUCUUGUACACAUUGGUCUCCCUGUUCCGUGUUUCCUCUAAGGCUGAGCAGAAACACCUCACGGUGCUGGUCCACCUGGCAGAUUCUGACCUCACCUGGCUCAGAGAAACUGUUGCCCAUAUUUCAAGCCUCUUCAGCCCGCAGAUCUUGAAAGGGCAGUUGCUAAUGAUCCAUGCUCCAUCCGAUGCCUACCCCACUGUUGACAGCGUCAGAGAUGAAGCCUUUUGUGGCGAAUUCUACUCCAAGCAGAACGUAGAUCACGCCUUCCUCAUGAGCUUUGCCACAAAGCUCUCUGAUUACUUCCUGUUAAUAGAGGACAAUGCCUUUUUUGCCCCCAACUUUGUUACCCACAUUCAUUCAAGGGUGAACACCAUGAAGUCCAACUCAUGGGUGCUACUGGAGUUCUCCAAUAUGGGCUUCCUUGGCAAACUCUUUCACAGCAGGGACCUCCCGCUCCUGGCCCAUUUCCUCCUCCUCUUCUACAAGGAGAAACCCCUUGACAGCCUGAUUUCUCAUUUCCGUAUGCUCCUGGUCCAGGAAAGCCCAAUCCUCUGCAAACCUUUCCUAUUUUACCGCAGGGUCUCCUACACCACCUUUGAUCACAAGCAGAAGGCCACAGCACUUCAGAAAAAGAAUGCUGAUGGUCCCAACAACCCACCUGGAGCUGUCUUCACUGAUAUGCAGGUUUCCGACGUGCAUUUCCCCUGGGAGGCCUACACUCUGGAUGAGUCAUUCUUUUGGACACACAACCUUAGUACAGGAAACCACCUGACAGUGAUUCUGAACCAUCCAGCAAACCUGAGCAGAGUGCAAGUGAUAACGGGCUCCAUUGGAUGGGAGGUAUGCCCUGGAGAAGGGGCAGGUGGAGCUGGGCUACGAACCUGAGGGGGUGCCUCAGCACUGCACCAGCUUUGCCUUGCUGGGACAUCUUUUAGAGGGGCAGAUGGAUCAGGAGAUAUAUCUGAAAGGUAUGGGGUACCACGU